AUGUCUCCAGAAAGGACUCCGACAGAGACUUCCCCGUUGCUGGGGCCUCAAAGCAACGGCAAUGCUCCUCAGCCUCCCUCGAACGGAGCCAUUCCCAGGGACGCCGCGUCCGCAGAGCAACAAAACAAGGAUGCCGCAGAGACCAGGAACAAGCUCGGGUAUAUCAUCCCUGCGGUCUCAAUUGGGAUCUUCUUGUCGGCAGCCGACCAGACAAUUAUCAUGGCCAGUUACGGUCAGAUUGGGAGUGACCUCAAAGCGCUCAAUCUGACCAGCUGGAUCGCCACGUCUUACUUUCUGACCCUGACAUCCUUCCAGCCUCUAUAUGGUAAAUUGAGCGAUAUAUUCGGCCGCAAGGCCUGUUUGUUGUGGGCGUAUGCGAUCUUCGGCGUUGGCUGCUUGUUCUGCGGCCUGGCGCAGAAUAUCCAUCAAUUGAUUGCUGCGCGGGUUUUUCAAGGCAUUGGAGGUGGUGGUAUGACCACCGUGGUUAGCAUUCUCAUGAGUGAUAUUAUUCCCCUCCGAGAUCGGGGAGUAUGGCAAGGAGUCAUUAAUAUCAUCUAUGCAACUGGUUCGGGAACCGGGGCACCUCUAGGUGGAGUCUUGGCCGAUUAUAUUGGUUGGCGGUGGGCCUUUAUUGCUCAAGUCCCACUUUGUAUCAUUGCCUUCGCAGCCGUGUCCUUUAUGCUGGAUUUGCCUUCGCAGGAAGACAGUCACUGGAAAACAAAACUUCGGCGCAUCGAUUUCCCCGGGGCGAUCGUGCUUGUCGGAGCGGUUUUCGGCUUCCUACUUGGUCUUGACCGAGGCAGUAAUGUAUCAUGGUCGUUGCCUAUAACGAUUAUCUCGCUGAGCGUAUCAGCUGCUCUCUUUGUGCUUUUCGUUGUGGUUGAGGUCUACUACGCGAAGGAACCCUUCGCUCCGGGCCACAUCAUUUUCGACGGCACCUUCUUCGCCGCCUACGGCUGUAACUUCUUCAGUUUCGGAGGCUGGAUCGCGGGUCUGUUCUACAUUCCGCUGUACUUCCAGGCCGUAGAUGGCGUAUCUGCUACCGUUGCUGGAUUGCGGCUGCUGCCCAGCAUCCUCUCUGGGGUGACUGGCUCACUAUUUGCUGGAUUCAUGAUGAAAUGGACUGGUAGAUUUUACUGGCUAACGGUGGCUUCCUAUGCGUUCCUGACUAUGGGAGUGACAUUGAUCUUCCUCUUUUCGGGAGGAGCUGGCGAGAAUCUCGGUGCCAUCAUCCUAGGAACAAUGGCUGCAUCAUUCGGUAAUGGCACCGGUGUUACGACGACACUAAUCAGUUUGAUAUCAAACUCGACCCCUGAGGAUCAGGCCGUGGUCACUGCCUGUUCGUAUCUCUUCCGGUCUCUGGGAUCAGUGAUUGGCCUUUCCUUGUCUUCCACCGUGGUGCAGCAAAUCCUCCGCAACCGACUGAGAUACGCCCUGCGCGAUAGCAAGGACAUCGAUCGUAUCGUUGACGGCGUGCGCCAGAGUCUCGAUUUCAUCAAGACUCUUGACCCAGCCGUUGGAAAGAUCGUUCGAAGCUGCUAUGGAUGGGCAACGAACAAGGGGUUUGCCUUUUUGAUUGGCACCGUGUUCUUCGCCUUUGUUAGCAGUCUUUUCAUUCGCGAGAAGAGACUGACCCGAUAAAUCACGUCUGACCGGGAUGGAUCACGACCUUGCCAAAAGAAAUCCGACACACUAUACAGUAAACCCCCGGCAGAUGUGAACAUAAAAUCGCACUGGACAACAUAACAGAAAAAGUAUUUGCAAUCUCGACUUCGAGGAUUAUUAGCGUCUGAUACAGCGCACUUGUCUCUAGAUAUCAUGGUAUCCUUUCCCGAGAUGGGCCUCGGGAUUGGACUGGCUUUUGCAGCACAUUGACUUAAUUGGAUAAGAAUGAAUAUAUGUUUUGUUUCUCG